AGCUUCAACCUGCCUCAGUCUCUUUGAGGAAUUUCUUCGGGGAACUCGUGAGACGAGGAAGCCUUUGGCAUUGGUGACACAGAACUGAGAUAGCAACAGAACUGAUCAAGAACCGAGUCAAAGAGUGCUGCCAGAAAUAAAGUCUUCAGCCACUGGCCCAAGCAAGAGGGACUAAGAAAAGAUAGCCUCAAAUCCAAAUACAGCCAAGUUUCAGGGUACUGGCUGGACUCGUAACAGAUCUGAUACUGUAAGCUUCAGAACUGAGGACCAACACCAGAUUUCAUCAGACAGCAAUGGAACCUCAGGAGCAGGAGUUCGAAAUGGAGUACUGUGUGGGGCAAACUGUUGACAGCUGUUCAGUGAUCAACUUAAGGCCGGAUGAUCCUCCGAAGGUUAAGACAUGGGUAGUGGUUAAGGUGUGGGUGAAGGGUACCCGUGACCUAGAGGGUAACAGCAAGCAGGAUAAGGCCAAAGCAGCUGCCCUACAGGCUUUGGCAGAGGGCCUGCAUGAUUUGUGGCGCACACUGGAUGACAAGGACUUUGUGGUAGAAACCAUUACAUCAUACAUUUUGGCUGAAGAGGAUAUGGAUUUCAUAGGCAAGAGGUGGGGAGACAGUAGGGGGUGGGGAUAUAAAAUAAGUAAGCAGUGGGUAGCAGACCCCAGUGGUCCCAGGAUUCGUGACCCAAACGUAUUACAAUCUGCCUUACAGGGUUUGGUAGACAACAUGCAAGAUUUGUGGAAUAGACUGGAUGAAAAAGAGAAAUUCAAGGAGCCAAGUCCUAGGGACAUUAUAGUUGAAAGCAGAUCAUUUUCCAAUUUGGUCCCAGGUGACCUAAUGAAAUGGAAAGAGGAGAAGGUAGGAGCCAGCAGAGUGGGGGAAGAAGGAGAAACUAGAGAGUGGAGAGUGAGGAGCAAUUCCCACAGGAUUAGAGGCCUAAAAAUGGCUCUAGUUCCCUUUCAGGCUUUAGAAGUGGACACUCAGGAUUGGUGCCAUAUACUGGCUGAAAAUGGGCAAAAUCCUUGGAAUUCUGUAUUAGAAAUGGGAUUAUUUCACAGUGUCAGUAGAGCUGACCCAAUGAAACGGACAGGGGAGAGGGUAAGAGCCAACAGAGGUGGGGGAGAUAGAGUUACGAGGGAGCAGACAGUGGACACCAAUGCUCACAGUAUUUGUAACCCAGAGAUGCAACAACUUGCCAUUGACACAGCGGAGAGACUAAGCCUAGGAAAUAGGCCAGUUGUAAAAGAUUCCCCUUUGAAGCCAUGCUUCCCACCGAAAAUUUCCAAAUACAUGGCUAUUAAGUCGUUGGAGGGUGUGGCAGGGGGAAUGUUGAAAUUUGAGCCACUAAUGGGUAUCACCAAGGGAAUUGUCCCAUCAGGGUGGGAAGACACCUCCGAAGCCUGGGCCCGUGAUAACCUGGAUGUUGGCCAGAUGCAGGUGACCCCCAUCAUUAUAGAAGGGGCGUUUCCUCCUAAACUUAAACAGUUCCCCCUCCCUUUGGAGAGUAUUGAGGAAAUGACUAAGACGAUAUACAUCUUGAAGAAUCGAGGAUACAUAAAGCCAAAUAUUUCACCAUCUAGUGCUCCACUGUGUCCAGUAAAGAAGCCUGAUGGCACGUGGAGUCUCAAUAUUGAUUAUAGGGCCUUGAAUAGAGUGACGGCUCGAUUGAGUCUAGUAGAAACCACCUAUCAAGAUUUAGUGGAUAAGAUCCCAGGGAAUGUGAUCUGGUUCUCUGUACUGAGCAUUAACAAUUGGUUUUUGAGUAUACCGCUCGACCCUGUGAGCCAGCCUAAAACAGCUUUUACUUGGGGGAAGCAGCAAUACUGCUGGACUCGGCUGCCUCCAGGGUUUCUUAACAAUGUGGCCAUUUUUCAUCAAGCAGUGCGGGAUGUUCUCGCAGAGCUCUACCCCAUGGUGGCCCAAGAUAAGAAUGAGCUCCUCUGCUGGGGGAUUUCAGAGGAGGAGACCCGAAAGUUGACCAGGCUCAUUAUCCAGAGAUUGAGAGAUGUGGGCCUCAAGCUUGAUGGACAUAAAGUUCAGUUGGUUCAAAGAGAAGUGUCCUUUUUAGGAAUCAGGGUUGGGCCUUGUAGAUGGAGGCUGGGCCCUAUCAAUGUUUAAAAGAUUGAAGCCUUGCAUCCCGCAAUCCACCUGGAAUCAGUUCAACCCUUUAAGGGUUUGGUGGAGGUUUUGCUGAACAUUCUGUCCUAAUGCCGCUGCUCUACAAGCCCUUUAUAGAAGUUGGUUAAAACACAGAGGUUUCAUAGGUUGAAAUAAUAGCAAUAAUAAUAAUAUUGCUGGUAAAGCAUUUACUAGUAGGUAGCAAACACUGUGCUAGGAGCUGGAAUCAAGAAAGAGAGUCUGCAGGAAAUCUUUUUAAAGGCCCCAGUGUUGGUGAUCCCAAGAGUGAAUCUUCCAGUCAUCCUUUAUGGUGGAGAUUGGGGCAGGGGAGUUCCUUCUUGGCAGUGGAUAUUCACAGGAUAGACUAGUUGGGAGACCAAUGCCUCCCAUCAUUAUUCCCUGCUAGAACAGAUAUUUGGAGAAUGCAAAAGGGGAUUAUUGGGAAUAUUUUGGGGUUUAAACAAUUGACUGGAGAGUGUGAUGUGACUGUACAGACACCCCACAAUCCACCAGGUUUGAGCUGCCCUGGAGAUUCACUCUGAUCUGGAAAGACAUACCUAAUACUGUGAUGGUGAGCUUUGGUUCUAUCCAAUCCCCAGGUUUGGUACCCUAAAUUAAUGCUAAUGGAUCAAGAGGCUCUGGGGAUUCACUUGAGAUUUAGACCCUGCUACCGUGGAGCAGGUUAUUUUAAGUGUCCUCCAUUCUAUGCCAACCAGCUUCCCCAUACACAAUUCCUGUCCUGGUGAUUGGACUUCCAGAGUCAGGGAACGAUGCAUGAUUUGCCCAAGAACCACAAGUGAAAAAAGAACUAUAAAAGGGAAAAACCAUCCUUUUCCCAUAUGAAAACUAGAUAGUUAUUGCUACUAUCAUUUCCAAGGAAAUACCAGAACACCAACAGCCUACCUCAUCCAAAUAAUCCAUUUUGUUGUCUCUCUGUGCCCCCGUUCAGGCAGACCUCUUUCUGGAAUAAUUCAGCUCCACUUAUAUUGCCUCUCUACUGCUUCACCUCUGCACUUGAAUCCAUACCCCUUAAGCGUUUUAGGUGUUCACCCUCCUCCCGUAGUACUUAUGUAUAUGUUCUUAUAUUGGGUUCCUUCCCCUACUUGUAAUGUAUUUUACUGUCCAUCUCCCUGGCUAGAGUGUAAGCUCCUUCAGGGAAAGGAUCAUGCCUACUUAUUCUCUUGCACCACACAACCUUUCCCAACAAUUAUGCCAACUCGUUUCAGGUUUCUUCAGUGAUUGGACUGUUUGCCCAUUUGCCAUCUCUAGACUAUAAGCUCGUUAUGGGCAG